AUGUCUGUGGCCCAUGUUGCCAAAGGCCACAUGGAUGCCCAGGGUCUAGGCUGCAAACUAUGGUCAUUCCUGUCCUCUGUGUGCUUUGCUCAGGUGUCCCCCAGCCUCCGCACCGUCCUCCAGGAGUGCAUGUGUUGUCAAUGCUAUGCCAGGUUUGGGGGUCACUUGCCUGUGCCCCGGGCUGAUGCACUGCUGCCAUACUGGGUGCCCCUGUCCCUGAGACCACGAAAGCAGGUCUCAAAGAUGAUGCGACGUUAUACUCCCAGAGCCAUAAGGUCAUGUCGUUGCCCCUGCCACUGCUUUGGGGGCUGCCUUCCAAUGCCCAGGGAUAGGGCUGUUAUGCCCUAUUGGGUGCCCCAGGGGCUGAGGUCACAGAAGAAGGUGGUGAAGAGGCUGGAGAACGUUAAAGACACUCCAGAAUGCUCCCUGGAAUCAAGCAGCUGGCAUGGCUGUUGGCGGGUCUGCGGGGACCAGCAUCUCCUCCUCAAGUGGCAGCAGCUCCAGGCCCUUCAUCAAGAUGAGCUGCCAGGCCCUCAGGAGGAUGAGCCACAUGCUGGCCGCUUAGGCCUCCUCCUACCCAUGAGCUUUAAUCUCCUUACCCUGCUGCAGGCUGUCCUGAGGGCCAUCCUGGCCAUUCGGUGA